GUCUCGCUUUUCCCAAGAAAGACACGACAGCUAGUGCCCCUUUAUUUCGGUAUUUACGGUACGAUGAUGCUGGGGGAUGAGAACUCUGAAUAUUCCUUUACUUAUCACUUCACUCCAGGAGGCAGCGCUGAAACGGAUCGGUUCGCCCGAGCAGGUUCUGUAAUCGACUCUCUGUGCUCCGAAAGCAAAGACCGGACUCCUGUUUUCCGUCUCUAGGUGUGAGUUUCUGGAGUGUCAAAAGCUUGUAAACCUUGGUGUGCUGCACUGAGGAAGAGGCCAUCUGUUGCACAAACCAGCACUCAGCGGCAGGAGUUGAACCACCUUGUCAGGACAGUCUCCCCCCUUGACCCAGCAUGGCAGAUGGUCAGCAGCCCACGGACAGCACUCCACAGUGGGGAGCGCUCCACCUGGGAGCUCAAGACUCGUCACCUUCUGCAGGAAAUGGCGAGAAUGACUACGCCUCCUACAGGAACUUUCAACCUGCCGCAGCACCCUACACCGGUACAAGGGAGAACGGCUUCAAUGGGGACCUCUCCGAUGGACACAUGGUGACAGCAGAACAAGUGUCAGCACGUAUCGUGCAGGAAGUGACGGCGGAGGCCGUGGCGGUGCUGAAGGGUGAGCAGGAGACCCAUCAGGAUGUUGACAGGAUGCUACCCUCAGCAGUUGAAGAAUCAGCCAAUCUGCCUCCAUCCCCUCCCCCUUCACCAGCUGCAGAACAUUUUGGACCCUUGGAGCAAGAAGAGGAGACCCUAGAGGCUCAUACUUCAGCUGACAAGGAAGAGCAGCUGAGCAGUGGGGAAGAGGCUGAGCAGGAAUCUGCACCCAAGUGCUUAGAGCAGACAGAGCUCAUAAGCGAGGCUCAGGCUCACAGGUGUCCACUGACUGAAGAAGCUAGUGUGUCCAAGGGAACAGGGUUGCAGCAGUGUCCCCGGGAAGAUUUACUUGCAGCCCUGAAGACAGAAACAGGGAGGCCGGUUGACAGUUGGCAGACCAGUUCUACAGGUCCAGAUUUCCCGGAAAUGAAGGAGCAGUCAGAAGAGCUGAAUUUACAGCAACACCCAAUGCUUGUUACUUCAGAUAAAGAGAAAGAAACUCUUAUGUUAAAAGGUUUUUCUGAUUCUUAUGAUAUUGAUCAAGCUACCACAAGGGCUGCUUCUGUCCCAUCGAAUGGCCAGGGACACCCCAAAGCGAUGAGUGACCUCCCUUCAAAUCAGUUGGAUCUGGCAUCCCAGCAACCAACAGACCAGGAGAGGAAGCUGCACAAGGAUCCCUCUAAAGAAGAAGAAGAAGGAAUUUUAGAUACUGACAUGGUACCAAAGACAACUGUUGAAAAGCAGCCUUCUGUAGAAGUUCUUGAAUCCAGCAGUCUUAUGGUCAAAUCUGUCAGUUCCAAGGAUCAGGAUAUAUGGACAAAGGAUCAUGAUAACCUUGAGGAUGUCAGUAGUUCUAAGGAGGUUCUAUGGGACACGAAAAUGGAAGUAGCUGGUGAGACUAAGGAAGCUGAGGAAGAAGCAAAAGAGUCUUUUUCAGGUGAGGUUAAUGUCAAACCUGCAGACCUUUCUACAGGGGAUGGGGCUAAAAUCCGACUGGUUUCUAUACCAAGUAGUGACAGAGAGGAGCCAAAGCAGCCAAACUUUGUUGAACCUUCAUGUUCUUUGGACCUGCAUUUAGAAAGUUUUGAAAUAGAUAAAUCUGGGAUGUCUGCUUAUUUUGAGACUUCAGCCCUUGAGGAAGAUAAUGGUGAAGGUUAUUAUGAGUUGAGUGAUGCCAGAGAGGAAAAGUCUUCAGAGAAUGUCCCAGUGGUUCCUUUCCCAACAGAAAUAAGUCACGGCAUACUGUCAAAGUUCCCAGAAGAUGCUGAGAAAAACUCUAUGGAAGAAACAAAAACACAUCCCCCUGUGGACAGGAAGGAGGAGUGCAGGCUAUCACCAGGCAAGUUAUCACUGGAGCAGAGAAGCUAUUCCUUAAAUAUUCCUGUUGCAUCCAUGGAUCAGAGUGGAGGGCAAGGUCGGCAACGAAAUUUCUCUCCAUUAGCAACAGACAUCAUAUCCUACACCAGUGGAAGUCUUGAUGAAUCUGCAAACUAUCUUCCAACCACUACCCCAUCUAUUGAGAAGCAGUCAGCUUUUCCCCCUUUAAUUCUUGAGACAGCUGCCUCUAUCACUAGUCCUCUUUCCUCACCACCUGCACCCACAUCUAGUACAAAGUCUAGUCCCCAGGCGGAGUCUCCAGAAUCACCACUGCCUAUGAAGUUCUGUUACAAAAAUGGGACAGUAAUGGCUCCUGAUCUGCCUGAAAUGCUGGAUCUGGCGGGGGCCAGAUCAAGACUAACAUCAGAGAGUGCAGACCCUGAAACAAUGAGAAGAAAAUCUGUUCCUACUGAUGUUUCAGGCAUUAUGGGAGACUCUAUGAACCAGAUGGUCUUGGUAGACCAAAAAACAGCAAAAAGUGAAAGCCAAUUAGAGGAACUGGGCUACUGUGUGUUUAAUGAGUACUCUGGACCCAUGCCUUCUCCUGCUGAUGCUCAUAGUCCCAUUGGUUCUCCUCCCCAAAUCUUUACCACGAUGGCAUCAGAAGAAGAGAAGGAUGUUGUGCUGAAAACAGUGCAAGUGCAGAUAGCAGAAGCUGAAAAAAUUGGAGUUAAGAUCACCCCAAAACAAGACAUUAACAAGGGGUUGAAAGAAAAUGAAGAGGAAGAAAAUGAUGAGAUCAGUGAUGGACUUUCUGUGAGAGGUAAAGUAGAUGCAGAAAAUGAAAAUGUGCCUUUUGAAAAUAAAGAAAAGGAUUUUUUAAAGACUGGAUUUGAAAAUGAUAUUAAAGGUCAAAUUGGUCCUGAAGUUAUCCAUGAUGUCUCAAGAGAAGUGUCUCUUGUCUCACCAGAGGGAUUUAGUACAGAGGCAGAGGCUGCACAGCCUGAUAGUGUGCCCAAGCCUUUAGAAAUGCCAACUGAGACAGUAACUCUUGAGGACACAACCCUUGGACUUGAUGGUAAGGCAAAGAUAACAGCAGAUACAGAGGCUGAAAUAGCAGACUAUGAAAGGAAAAUACAUAAAUUGGAAACAGAGAACAGGCCUUUAAGUUUGGAGGAACAGCGUGAGUUGCAGGAGCUGAGAGAAAAAGUUAAGGAGAAACCAGACUUAGUGCAUCAGGAAGCUUAUGAGGAGGUAGAUGCUGAAGAUGUAUAUCAACUUACAGGUGUGGCAAAGGAUAGGCUUGCAAGACAGAUGAAACCUUCACCUACAUCUUCUGUUGAGAGUGCAGAAGAGAAAGUACAUGUGUGUGAAUCUGAAAUCCCCAUCCAACAAGAAUUAGCUUUUUCUCCAAAAGAAGAAUGCUUGACAAUGUCUCCAGUACUGUCUUUGGAGGUUAAAACAGAAUCCAUUAAACCUGAGAUGUCCAAGCAGGAAGAGGACCUAACUGCUUCCCCAAAGCAGGCUCUUAAGGAGGAAAUUUCAGUGAUUCAAGGGUUCCAGGAAUAUCCAGAAGUAUCUGUAAAGAUAGAUGAAAUAACUCCGGUUACAUCAACUGCCCAGGCAGGGCUUAAAGAACAAGAACAAGAGGAUAUGGAGGAUGUGGAGUUAGCUAAGGAACCAGAUGAAAUCAUGGAAGACAUCAAAAUACCUUUGUUUCUUCAGAACCAGAAUAAAGAGGAGAGCACUGGAGAGAAGGAGGGGGAAGAGGUGGUAAAAGUGGCAAGUGGGUUGGUGGAGCCCCAGGCAAUAAUUGAAUCUGUCGUCACUGUGGAGGAUGACUUCAUCACUGUAGUGCAAACUAUCGACAAGGGAGAGGAACCUGGCCAUAGUGUUCGUUUCUCUGCCCCAACUGAGGCUGAAAAGUUGCAGACUGAGCAAGAGGAUGAGGAAGAUGAGGAGGAGGGAUCAGUUGAGCUGGCACAGGAAGUUGACAUUGAAGCAACCAGUCUGGAAGAGUUUUCUGAUAUCCCUAAAGUUCCAGAGGUUCCAGUUGAUCUUGCAAAAGAAGUUCAGGACAACAAAGACAUAACAGAAUCUUAUGAUGACUACAAGGAUGAGACCACCAUUGAUGACUCCAUUUUAGACACAGACAGUGCCUGGGUUGACUCUCAAGAUUAUGACAGGAGCAUCACGACUGAAAAAAUCGAACCGCUCUCAGAAAUGGCCAAAAGUCCUGUCAGGAAAGCGCCGAUGGAAAAGAAGCCAAAGGAACAGGUUCCAGGAAGAAUCAAGGGGUACAUCUCUACCCCUGAGCGCAAGUCAGUGCGAAAGGAGACCAGCUUUAUUCCAAGAGAUGAGAUGAAGAAGAAAAAAGCUGUGAUUAAGAAGCCUGACUAUACUAAAAAAAUAGAUACUCAAACCCGUUCUCCCUCCCAGAAGAGUGUGUUAAAGGCCGCAGUUAGGCAACCCAGGCCUGCUCAGCACAUCAGUGCUAAACGGAGAUCCCCAGCUGUGGCAAUAACCGGAGCAAAGCAGUCUCACAGUAUGACUCGACUUUCCCGCGAUCGAAUGACUGGCAGCAGUUCACGAAGUCCAGAGAAACGGUCUUCCUUGCCAAGGCCUGCUUCAAUUCUGACCCGUCGCUCCCACCCAGCUGAACUGGAACAGAGCUCCACCUCUAUCACCAGCUCUGGCUCCACGGCUCCACGACGGCCCACCUCUUUUCGUACUGACAGCAGAGCAGAAAACAGGUCUGGAAGAGCACCUAGUAUGACAGGGAUGGAAUCAGCCCGAUCUCGUUCAGCCCGCAGUGGAGCCUCCACUCCUCAUACACCUGGGUCCACAGCCAUCACACCUGGGACUCCACCCAGCUACUCAUGUCGCACCCCAGGCACCCCAGGCACCCCCAGCUACCCACGUACCCCCAGCACACCAAAGUCCUUGAGCCUGCUGUCCCAGGAUAAGAAAGUAGCCAUCAUCCGUACACCACCCAAGUCACCUGCCACCACGCCCAAACAGCUGCGCAUCAUCAACCAGCCCCUUCCUGACCUUAAGAGUGUCAAGUCCAAGAUUGGCUCUACUGACAACAUGAAGUACCAGCCCAAGGGGGGACAGAUUCUGAUUUUAAACAAGAAGUUGGACUUCAGUCACGUACAGUCAAAAUGUGGAUCCAAGGAUAAUCUGAAGCACAGUCCUCGUGGAGGCAAUGUCCAAAUUCAAACCAAGAAGAUUGAUCUUAGUCAUGUGACCUCUAAGUGUGGCUCACUGGACAAUAUCCAUCACCGCCCAGGUGGUGGCAAUGUGCGCAUUGAGAGUGUGAGGCUGGACUUCAAAGAAAAGGCCCAGGCUAAGGUGGGCUCUCUGGAAAAUGCCCACCACAUUCCUGGAGGGGGUAAUAUAACUAUUGAGAGCCACAAGCUGACAUUCCGGGACAUGGCAAAGGCACGUGUUGACCAUGGCGCAGAGAUUAUCACGCAGUCACCAAGGCUGUCAGGUGGUGUUUCCCCACACCGCCACAGCCACAUGUCCUCUUCUGGCAGCAUCAACCUGCUGGAGUCGCCACAGCUGGCUACACUAGCAGAGGAUGUCACUGCUGCCUUGGCCAAGCAGGGCUUGUGAACACCAAGCCAUCCUGCUCACGCUUAGAGCCACCCCACCACUCACAACUGCAGGCAGCAGCUAGUCCUUUGAAGGAGUAGCCAACACCAUUUAUCCAAAAAAAAAAAAAAGAACUCCUGGGACUGUAGUGACUGCAUCUAGGCAAAUAAACAUUUCAAGGUGUCAUUUUGGUACUGAUCCCAUCAGGAGGUGCACCUUUUCUGUCAUUACUUUUUGCAGCACAAGAGGGUUGUAGUUACAAAUAAUGAUCUCAGAUCAGUUUAAGCUUUUUGCCCAAAACAGUCUGGACUGGACUAUGUGCUGAGUUGGGUGUCCUGUCUACUGUCAGCAUUUUUUGGAAGUGAUGACUAAGAAAAGUGAUGUUGUCAUUCCAUGCUCUAUGUAUUGUUCUACUCUGUCGGUGCACAGAUGCCAGACACAAACACACAUCGCUCAGCUGCCUCCUCCUGGAAAAUCUCGCUAGUCAAUGUCUGGUAUCUAUACUACAUAUAAAAAUACAUGUAAAUACUAGUGACUUAUUGUCAACAACAAUGCCGCAAUUAAAAAGGGAAUUCAACUAUAUUAACCUCCACUUGUUCAAUUGCAAGAAUUAAAUUAUGAGCAUGUAUCAAUUAUAGUGCAAAAGACAUUGUUUUCUAUUCAAAAUAAAGGAUUUUCAUAAGUUAUUUCCUAAAUUGUCAAGUAAGUUGAAUACUUCAUGUUUUGUAGACAUUAGUGAUUAUUAUAAAUUUGUUAAUGAUUUCUGAUUACUCUGCUGACAUUGGUCGUGGAUCCAAAAUUCAGCUCUGGUUCAGAGAAAGACCAGGAAUAGUGCUGCACUAGUCUUAAAAUUGACCAGAUUGUGUUCUGUUUGGUUGCACUGCAGAGGAAUACAGGUACUUAAAGACCAUAAGGAAAAAAAAAUGACCGUGACCUAAAAUUAAAUUGGUUGACAUUACCUACAGCAGCCGUUAUUUUGUAUUUAUUGCUGGAAUCUUGUCUGUUGGAUAAUGGUUACUUCAUUGUUAGUUCAAAAGUUUCUUGAGCUCAUAACACUCUCUUCAAGUGAUUAGCAUAAGUGGUCUUAACCACAUGGAGCUAUAAUACUGAGCUAUCAGUGUGGGCUGAAAAUAGACCUCAGAGAGCUGAGGGCUUGUAUCCAUUUCAGAGAGUGUGUUUAAAAAUUUAGGCUUUUCAUUCAGUUUAGAGAGCAGCUAUUUGGACACUGAAAUAGUGUUCUGUAUGCGUUGUCUAUUCAAAUUACAUUAGACUGCUAGGUUUGUUUUGUGUAUAUAUUUAGAUUAAAAAUAAAAAGUAUUAAAAAAACUAAGCAAAGAAUCUUUCACCAUGCAUCAGUUUGAAAAAGUGUUAUAGUAUAUUUUUUGUCACACUUGUGGUAUCUUCUCAAGAAAUUCCUGUUUACUCUGCUACUGUGUUUCUCUGCAGUCCCAAUGUAAAAGUAAACUGUUCAUGUAGAUGUUCGCAGUUACUACUGUUGAAACCAUUAUGAUUACAUAUGAUUUAAAGUAUGACAACAAUAAAAACAAUACAUUAGCAUGAAGUGCUAUCUGGAACAG